GCCUACAUACAUUGUCUCCAACUGUGGAAAAAUUAGACUUGUUGUAUCUUGAUGCAUUUGUUAAUUUCAUAGUUAUAGCUUCUAUGUUGAUAACUAAUAAGGUUACAUCACAUCAAAAGCUAUUGGGAAUAUGGUUUGGCUUGGUCCAUUCCAUAACACAAAAUUAUUAAUGAACAACCUUCAUUCAAUGUUAUACUAGUGGUUGUGGUGUGUCCAUUGGGACACCUAACAGAUCCCUCAUACAAUCGACCUCAUAUUGUCCACCAUUUUAGACCCUUAUUUUUUUAUAUACGAAAAACUAAAAGAUAAUUAUUAUUAUGAUUUUAUUUUAUUUUAUUUGUGUGUGUUUGUUUUUGAAUAGAUGGUUGCUUCCACAUUCUACCAUUGUCAAAUUGAUUUUUCCUAUAUUAGCUCGAGUUGGUUUAGUUCUUUUUCUCACACAUUAAAGUUCUUUCCCCUUAUAAAUCUAUGAUGGAAAAAGGAGUUUGAGGACAACUAUCUACCCAAGACCAAAUUUUAAUUGCUUUUUGUUGGGGAAUUAGAUGCAGUAUUUUGGUAAAAAAGAAAUGGGGAAGAACUUGAGACAAAAAGGUUCAAUCAUAUCUUUAAGAUCGAAUGAGAAUGAAGGAGGACAUGCAUGGGGUUUACUUCACAUCAUCAAAUAUCAUCACUGGCGUCGUGUUAAGAAAAAGCUCACUCAAAAAAACCCAUCUCUUGUUGAAAAUCAUGAAGAGAUGCCAAGUUCUAAUCCUAACAAGCAAGAACAAGAUGAUGGGCAUAUGUAUAAGCCUAGUGUUGAAGAAAGAAGUAGAGAUUCCUCUCCAAAAAAGAACAAUUCUGUCAAAUCCCGAAUAAAGUCAUUUCUUGCUGAAGAGAUAACUCAUAAAAAGGGCAGGCAUCAUAGGAGUUCAUCCUGUCCUGUAAGACAAUUGACAAGAACAGAUUCCAUCCAUCAUUCACAACUUCCUUAUUUGGAACCUCUUAUUAAAACAUUAGAGUUAGAUCAUGAGCAAAACAUCGAAAUCCAUUCCGCGUCCAAUGAGCAAAAUCCAAUGGCAAUGAAUAGUGAUUCUAGUCAAGAAUGUAGUGUCAGGGUUGUUGAGGAUGAACCACAACAUGACCACUUUGAUGAGAGUCCAAAACUUCUCCAAGGAGAGUUGGAGAAUACCACAGCAUUUAUGUUGAAACAGAAGUCUACAAAUGAAAGAAAAUGCAGUGUGGAUGCUUUGGCUAGUCAUCCCAAAGAGUGUUUAGAUGCCUUGGAUAUAAUCAGUGUAAACAAGGAGUUGGUGAUGAAAAUUUUGCAGGAUCCAGGGUCUCCUUUGGCUCACCAUUUUAGCAGUCAACAAGCACUGAGUGCAAAACAAGGACUAGACAAGUGUAAGACAUUCCCUUCAUCUGGUUCAUUAGGUUAUAGAGGUUUAGAACCUAGCAGACUCAAACAUAUGAAGAAGGCUUCUCCAGCUUCUGCUAAGCAACAAAAGAACAAUGGCGAUACUCAUGCUGUUGUUAAGCAUUUCAAGACUCUUAAACAGAAGAUUAAACAUGUAAUCAGAGAAGGAAGAAAAGAGAGGCAUAUAAUUAGUAUGGACGCCAUCAUCCAUAAGAUUCCACAUGGACAUAAUAUGGAGGAGGAGAUUGAUAAUAAACUUAAUAGUUCGGCAAAUUAUGAAGAAUGUAAAGACAUUGAUGGUACUGCUUUUGAAACUGAUUUGUCAAGUUCUUCCCUUAAGAAAAAUAAAGCAAGGCUGCGCCACCAAAUGAGAAGAGCCUCAUCUCUCACUGAAUCGUUGGAUCGGUAUUGCCAGUUGUAUGAGACUAGCUUCAACCGGGAAGCUAAACAUCAAAACACUGAAGGAUUGAAAAUCAAAAUAAAAGAAGAAGGUUCCCCUAAUAGUGUCCCAAAGUACUUGGCAAGGAUUUACUCCUUACCUGACCUUAACUCUUUUCUUGAUCCAGAGGAAUCUCCUGAAGCUUUGUCCUCCUCAAAAGGGCAAGCCAACAAUGUCAUGGAUCAGAAUGUUAGCACAAGUAGUUAUGAUGAACCAAAAGAUCUUGGUGUUGCAGUAGGCAUUGCAGGUCAAUUGCACAUGAAUGAUGAUCAUACAACCAAGAGCAUUAUUUCUAAAUCUUCGGUUGAGACUGGUGCAGUAAAUUUUGUUACAGAUGAUGAGUUGGGUUUAACAUCAAUAUCAAAUAGUGAAGCUGAUACUCAGUUGUGUUCUCAUAUACAUGAUUAUGGAAGCUUGACAGUAGAAGAAUCAGAGAACGAAGCAAUACUUGCUGAUGAACUAGUUAAGUUGGUAAAGGACAAGGAGCUUGACAUGGCUACACCCCAAGUGUCUGGAACUGAAAAGGCUCAAGAAACACUUGACAAACAAAUAAUGGAAGAAAUUUCCCAUCUUAAAGUGAAUUCAAAAGACAAAGCUGAGUUCAGUUAUGUGAGAGAUGUACUUGAACUGUCUGGGUUCAGUAGCAAUGCAUUCCUUGGAACUUGGCACUCUGAUGAUCAACCAGUUGAUCCCUCAGUAUAUGAAGAAGUAGAGGGUUGCUUAGAGGUUGAUCCUAACACUUGUGCAAAUGAAGAUUUUGAAAGUGAUCACAUGCUGUUAUUUGAUAUAAUAAAUGAGGUUUUGAUUGAGAUAUAUGCAAGGUCAUACAGUUACUGUCCAUUUCCACUCUCUUGUGUUUCACUCAUGAGUCCAAUGCCAGCAGGGCCACAUGUUCUGAGAGAAGUGUGGUCCCUUAUAAGUUGGUACUUGAGCUUCAAACCAGAGGUUGGCCAAUCACUAGAUUAUGUUGUGGGGCGUGAUUUAGCUAAAAGUCAUGGGUGGAUGAACCUUCAAUUUGACAGUGAGUGUGUUGGUCUUGAGCUAGAAGACUUAAUUUUUGAAGAUCUCCUAGAGGAAGCCAUAUUGGGGUUUGACAUAGUUAGUCCAUGACUAUAUAUAUGUUCCUUCAAAGUGGUCUUCUUGGCCUGUCUUUUGCUUGUUUAUAAGCCAUACAAGUCAAGAGUAUGGACCUAUCUCAACCCUCUGUCUUGGUAGAAUCGAUGGUUGAGAUUACUGGCUGCUUAAGGGAUAUAUAUUGUAUAGCAUUAGCAAUUUUGUACAUUGUGUUGUAGAUAGAAGAAAAAUAAUAGAUAUAAAGUAUACUUAUAAGAUAUAUGUAUCACAAUGUUUUUAUAGUGUUGAGAUGAGAUCUGAUUCUAUGGUAAGGCUUUCCUUUGUAGUU